CCAAAGAAAAUAAACUUAAAAAUUAAGUCUCCAGAUGAUAAGAUUAAAGAAAAUGGCAUCCAGUCCAGCAGCCGGGGGGGCGUAGAGCUGUUCCCAAACUAGCACGACGGCUACCUGAUUACCUACCCACUUGGGGCCCAGUAUAGCUGUCCUUGUAGAAUUCCCCUGCCCUUUAUUAACGACGCCCAACUCUGUUCUGGCCGUCGUUCUGUUCUCUGCCGCUUUUGCACAAACAGAUAGCGGACCAACAGACAGACGAUGCGACGAGAAGAAGAAGAAGAAGAAGUGGCAGCUGCAGUCAUGGCAGAAGAGGAGGAAAACGAACCUUUCUGCUUGGCUGCACCCAGCUUCCGGGCGCCCUUCGUCGCCCUGUACGAGUCGCCGCCGCUUGACGACGGCGGAUCGGAUUUCGUCUUCGACGACGACGACGACUUCGAGUUCGUGGCCAAGGAUCCGGAGACCCGCACGGGCCUCACUGCCGAGGAUAUUUUCUCCACCCGCCAGAUUUGCCCCGUCUACCCCGUCUUCGGCCGUGUCGUCGCCGCAGAGAAACCCUGCGAAUCGCCGGUGGAUGAGGAAACCGAACCGGGCCAAGGAACUCUUCUGCAGCUCUUGAUGGAGGACCGGACGGAUAAUCCCGGCCCCACGUUGUCGUUGUCGUCGUCGUCGUCGUCGUCUUCCGCUUCUUCGAGGACGGAUGAGCUGGAGGGGGUCCCGCCGGCGAGCUACUGCGUGUGGACCCGUAGCCCAUCGGCGUCUCCAUCGCCGCCGCGCUGCAAGAAAAGCGGCUCCACGGGGUCGUCACUGAGGUGGCGGCUGCGGGAUCUGGUGGUCGGACGGAGCCAGAGCGACGGGAAGGAGAAGUUUGUGUUCCUCGCCGCGGAGGAAAAGAAGGGCAAGGAAAGCCCUAGCCGCGAGACCAAGCGCGCCGAUCCGGCGAACAAGAAGGAGAAAGCCGAUGCGGGAGCGAAAGUGGUAAAGGAAGCGGCGGGGAUGGACCUAGUCACAGCUCAUCGGAUUUUUUACCGGAAAGGACUGCCGGGAAAGGGCGGCGCCGGCCGGCGAUCGUUCCUUCCAUACAAGCGGGAUUUGAUCGGCUUCUUCGCGAGUGUGAACGGGCUGGCCCGGACUCACCACCCGUUUUGAUUUUUGAGUUUUUCGGUUAAUUAUUUUUCUAAUUUUAUUCGGUAAAAAAAUAAAAGGAAGAUAAAUAAGCAAAACAAGAAUUGUUUGUUUAUUAUUAUUUGAAAUAUCAAAGCAUAGGGCCACAGAAAACUUCCACCGUU